AUGGUUAGAUUGUCUUCUACUCAUCUCCCUGAUAAAGAUUGUGUGCCUUCUCGGUUUCAAGCCAUGUGGUUCACCCACCCUGAGUUUUCUGAGUUUAUUACUGAUCUUUGGCAGUCUAAUAAUGGUAAUACGGUUCUUAAAUCUGCUGGGCUUGUGUCCCCUCUUGUUUCUUGGAAUAGGCAGGAAGAGUUGUUUUGGUUGCAGAAGUCUAGAAAUACUUGGUUGAAGGAAAGGGGUAGAAACACUCGCUUUUUUCACUUGUCUACUGUCAUAAGAAGGAGGAGGAAUAAACUUGAAGGUUUGAAUAAUGAGGCUGGAAAUUGGUUUGCUCCUCAUCUUUUUUCAAGGUUGGCUGAUACUGAUUUAGAAGGUUUAAGUUGUGAGGUUACUGAUGAUGAAGUUAAAAAUAGUCUGUUUGCUAUUGGGGGAUUAAAAACUCCCGGAUCUGAGGGAUUUCCUGCCCUCUUUUAUCAGAAAUAUUGGGGGAUGUGCUAUGCUGAUAUUAUUGCUUUGGUGAAGGAUUGUUUUUUAACUGCUUCUCUUCCUGAGAAUAUUAAUGAGACGUUGAUUGCUUUGGUGCCUAAAAUUGAGGGACAUGUUUCCAUGACUCAGCUUCGCCCCAUUAGUCUUUGCAACACCCUCUAUAAAGUUAUUUCUAAGAUUCUUGUUGCCAGGCUUCGGCCCUAUAUGGCUAGUUUGGUCAGUCCCAAUCAAGUGAGCUUUGUCCCAGGGAGGCAAAUUGUUGAUAAUAUUGUUGUGGCUCAAGAAAUGCUGCACAAGUUUAAAAUUUCUAAAGGGGGGAAGGGUUUUAUUGCUUGGAAUUUUAUUGCUUGGAAAGUUGAUUUAUCCAAAGCUUAUGAUCGAUUAAGUUGGGAUUUCAUUAGAGAAGUGGUUUGGGAGGUUGGGAUUUGUGGUAGAAUUCUUGAGCUUUUGAUGCAGUGUAUUAACUCUGUGCGAUAUAAGCUUUCGCAUAUUAUUCAGCAGUCUAUUCAAGACAAGGCUUGGAAGCCUGUGCAGAUCUGCCAAAGCGGCCCUUUUAUCUCUCAUCUAUUUUUUGCUGGUGAUUUGAUUCUCUUUGGAAAAGCUUCAGUCAAUCAGGCUAUUGUUAUGAAGAAUUGUUUAGAUGGUUUUUGUAGGCUCUCUGGUCAGAAGAAACUUGAUCAGUUAAAUAGGAAUUUUUUAUGGGGGCAUACUACUGAUCAAGCGAAGGUUCACUUAGUUAAUUGGGACACUGCUUGUAAGCCUAAAUUUGCUGGUGGUUUGGGUAUUAAGAAUUCUGCACCGAUGAAUCAAGCUCUUCUUGCUAAAACUGGUUGGCAUUUACUGCAAUGUGAGCAAGGUCUUUGGGCUCAAGUGUUUAAUGCUAAGUAUCUAAGGCAUUGCGAUAUCCUUGCUGCUAAAGAUCUUCAGUUCCAGAGUAGCUCUAAUCAAUUUGCUCUAAUUGAUUUAUCUGAGGACAUGCUUCAAUUAAAUGCUAGUGACUUUUUGGAAGAUGGGGUUUGGGAUUUCAAUUACUUAGUGGAAUGCCUGCUUAUGAAUAUUGUCAACUUGAUUCUUAGUACUCAUGCUGGGUACAAUGGUAGUGGGGAGGAUAAAUGCAUCAGGCAGUCCACUUCUAAUGGCCAAUUUUCUGUAAAAACUGCAUAUAGUACCUUUUAUCUGGAUGAGGGUAAUGCUAAUUGGAAAUGGGAUUUUAUUUGGAAGCUUCAUGUUCUGCCGAAGGUUAAGACCUUCCUCUGGGUUCUAUGUCAUAAAAAGUUACUUACGAACGCUCAAAGAUUGAAGAGAAAGCUCACUAAUGUUGCUGUUUGUCCUAUAUGUGAAUGUCCUUUGGAAUCUUGUGUGCAUCUCUUUAAGGAUUGUACUGCCACUCUUGCUAUUUGGAAUAGACUUGGGUUUGGGAGAGUGGAAUCUGGUCAAUUGAUGGAUGAUUAUGAUGACUGGCUUUUGAAUAACUUGAAAUUGAAGAGGUUUGUUAUCCAUGGCCUGCGCUGGUAUUUGGUUUUUGCUAUCUUUCUUUGA